AUGGGUGAUGGACUAGGCUUAACCUCACCCGAACUCCCGGACAGGGCGCUGGAAGGCCACUUGCAGCCUCCUAAGAUGGCAGCCCCUAACUUGGGUCAUCCCCAGGACUUUGCUGCGCUUGGCCAGAUAGGAAUCGGCUUUUCACUCCCCGCUAGUCAACAUCACUCUGACUCCUAUAAUCCUCUCGAGGACUCUGUAGCUAGGUGGUACCAGAGAAAUGAUGGGCCCUGGACACCCCAUUGUUUGGCAUCAUCUCGAGAUGAUAUCGGGAAUCCGGCCGUCUUAAACAAUUUGCGAGCCAGCUCGAUCACCUAUUAUAAUCAACCCCGCGGCAAUCUAGUUCCAUCUGAGUGCGAUCCUAUUUCACCAAGAGGAGUGCCUUCUGACUCCGGGUAUGGAAGCUACAGAGCUAAGCAUAGCGUCGCCAACGGCUCGGUCUGCGAUGAAUCGUUUGACCGAAAUACAGAGACCCAGAGUUCCAUUGAGAAUUUGGGCGAUCCUACUUUUCAUCCAUAUAACCUGCCCAAAGGUGGGCUAGGCACCGGGGAUUCCUGGCCCCAGUCUCAACUGCCACCACCUCCAGGAUCCUCAGCUGAACACCAGGCCAAUCUUGGUAAGGACAUAGCACCGUGUUUACUCUGCAACAAGUCAAUGAAGACGAUGUCUGAAUUCAAGAAACAUCAUCAGAGGCAUAUCAAGCCCUUCAAAUGUGACGUCAAAAAUUGCCCUCGCGAUGGAGGCUUUAGUACACGGAACGAUCUUGAUAGACAUAAAAGAAGUCUUCACCCAGACGAACUCGCAACCGGAAAUCGUUAUCGGUGUCUACUCGGUCUUUGCAAGGACAAAAAGAAAAUAUGGCCCCGAGCAGACAACUUCCGGGCCCACAUGAAACGUAUUCAUCAUAUUGCGCCAAUAACAGAUGAUGAACUAGAUGAAUACAAGUUUAGACCGGAGCCACAAGCCAACGGAACACUGGGCCGGACACGCGACGGUGUAGCUUCCGACUUUUCCGGGUCAAUGUUUCCUGCGGAGAGGGCCGGCCGUGCUGCAGAGGGUUGGGGGUUACCCAGAAACCCGCGUGUCGGUCUAUCUGCCGAACCGAGUCCGUUAGAAGGAGGCCUAGGUCAAAACCAAGCGGAAGAGACUCCCUUACUACAUAGACCUCUCGCUCUUCAUUACUCUCAUGUGCUCGGCAUCGACAAACGCGACAACAACGACGGCGAUACCGCUUCCGCGGGAGUGACAGAUUCGCGUGACGAUGACAAAGCGUUGGACAACCCAAAGGAAACGCACCAAAUGGCCUUGACUACACCCAGGCACGCUAUCGAUGAAGCAAGAUCUGGUAAACUGGGGCAAAUUGUCGAGAGCGACGAGCAUCAUCAGUCUGAAAGGCCCGAGUCCGAAUCAGACCUCGGAAACCACGAGAGCAUUCUGGAAUUUCUAGAGCGUCUUCAGAGCCAAGGUCUCUUGGAGAAAUUUGGAUACAAAAAGGAAGAUCGGCCGCGGCCAGAGAAUACAACCCGCGAACUAGCCAACGGUACCGGUUCCAAGCAAGCCUAUCAUUGCAUGCUGUGCAAGAAAAAGUUCAAUCGACGAUGCGAACUUAAAAAGCAUGAGAAGCGACAUCAAAGACCGUACGGUUGCACGUAUCCAGAUUGCACCAAGAGAUUCGGUAGCAAAAACGAUUGGAAACGCCACGAAAACAGUCAACACUUCACGGUUGAGCAUUGGAGGUGCGACGAGAAGAAAAGUACUCACGCGACUCAGACUUGUGGAAAAGUGAUUUAUCGGCGAGAGCUAUUUAGGCAACAUCUGAGUACAUAUCAUGACAUCUCGGACGCGGCACUGUUGGAAAGUAAACUUGAGAGGUGUCGCAUAGGGCGCAAUUGCGAGGCUCGUUUCUGGUGCGGAUUCUGCGAGAAAAUUGUCGAAAUAAAGAGGGAUGGUGUGCUGGCUUGGACCGAACGAUUCAACCACGUCGAUGACCAUUUCCACGGCCGUAAUGGCCAAGUAAAAAAGGAGAUCAGCGACUGGAGGGACCAGCCGUUAACGUACCCUAGGCCCGGAUCACCAGCGAACGAUUCCGAAGGCCUCGGUGCUACUUCAUCGACGUCGGCUUCUUCGGCCGACCACGAUAUAAGUGACCACACCAUCCUCGAGAAGCAAUAUAUUCGAAUGGCGAAGCCGAAGAGGAAGAGAGACGACAGAAGCGAAGCCCUCGUCUCAAAGCGCAUCGCGACAGAGGAGGUGGUGGCCAUAUUCCAUUGCUGCGGUGAGACUAUGCCCGUGACGAGUAAGCAGUGUACCAAUUUCCCUUGUGAGCACAAGUUAUGCAUCCAUUGCCAUGGUCCCAGCGGGGAGUCAGGGUAG